UAUACACUUUGCGUGAAAGUAUAUAUAAAAAAAAUUGUCGGAUGAUUACCGCACGGCUUUUUAAUGAUGUGACAAGUAUCAGAGGUUGAGUUUUAAAGGUUAUUUAAGUGAUUUUUGACUGACUUUACCCAAAAAUGUCGGAUCACGAAGAUGAUCACGAGAUCAACGUGUUGGACACUGACAGUCGCCUGUCUCACAGUGAUAGUGACCCCAGGAGUUCUAGGAGUAGAUGUUCGAGCCCCGAAAAUGGCUCCACGACUUCCAACGCCACCCUGCCCUUCAGUAUCUCCAACUUGUUGGGGAAAAACUUCGAACAGAAGGCUGAGAUCGGAGAUCCAGGUGUUUUGUAUCAUUCCGCUGGACUUUUUUCGCAAAGGGCGGCUUUGGGGUUGAUGCCCGCAAGUUUUUAUGGACAGGGUGUGUUGAGGGUGCCGGCCCAUAGGCCGGUUGGAGGUUCUGGGAGUCCUGGGGCUGUGUUCAACCCUUGGACGUUGGGGUUAGACCCGGUGCUGCAGAGGUCUGCGGCGGCUGCAGCUUUUGCUUCGCAGGUGGUUAAAGAUAGACUUGCUGCGUCAUUUCCCAUGACGAGGCGGAUAGGUCACCCAUACCAGAACAGAACGCCACCAAAAAGAAAAAAGCCACGUACUUCAUUCACCAGACUUCAAAUAGCAGAGUUGGAGAAGAGGUUUCACAAGCAAAAGUACCUGGCCUCCGCAGAAAGGGCAGCUUUAGCGAAAACCCUGAAGAUGACGGACGCACAAGUCAAAACGUGGUUCCAGAACAGACGGACAAAGUGGAGACGCCAAACCGCCGAAGAGAGAGAAGCAGAAAGACAAGCUGCAAACAGACUGAUGCUGUCCCUUCAAGCAGAAGCCCUAACCAAAGGCUACAUGAGCGAAGGUCCUCCCCAAUCUGCAGGAACGGGGGACAGCGCUCUAAGCGCUCUCCAAAACCUCCAACCCUGGGCUGGACCAUACAGCACUCCUCAACCAGCCCUUGCAGAAUCCAUGUGUUGAAAAAACGGCAACCAAAUACUCUUCUGUGACGAAUCAAGGCUUUAAAAUGUGUCCCCCCCAAGUGUACAUAAAACCCCUCCCUUCGAAGAAGUGAAAAUAGAGACAGUGAAGUCAGAAAUUGGACUGACCACGUUUUGAUGAACUUGCAAUUUGUGCCGCAAAUUUGAAUUUUGAGGGGAUUGUUCGAUCGAUUGUUACGUUCAGAACUAGUUUGGUACUAGUCUAGACUAUUUUGAGAUCGCUAGUAGGCUUACCAAGUUCGCUCAGUGUUGAUUCUCUGUAAGAGAAUGAAUUUGGUACCGUUAAUUUUGGCUGUAUAUAGAGUAUAUAAGUUGAAUUUAUGUACAGGUUGGCCCACGUUAAACAGUCGAAUUCUCAUUUGUUGGGAAAUCUUGCGAAUUGUGAUUGCAGAUUCUUAGAUGUCCCAAAUUCGAUGCUCAUUGGAUUUGGUAUUCCUUGUAAAUUUCAAAACAUGAACUGUGAAAAUAUUACCCCGGGUUUCUGAAAAUCUUAUCAAAUCUUCAACUUCAAACAUUCAACUUAACAGCGAUGUCAAAUACAUUUUGAUUUCAAAAAUGUUGUACAGUGUAAUACACUGCGCAAAAAAAUUAACGCACAUUCUGAAAAUCUCAAUUUUAAUGAAAGUUAACUCUACAUUGACUUUAUAACUUAUUUUUUAUG